AUGGAUGCUGCCUCGGAGAGUCGCAAAAGCGGCAUGGCACUUGACACGCCGCUCCCCCGAACGUCUCUGUGUCUGGCUAGCGAAGGAUUCAGCGAUUCACUGCAUCACGGCGACGCGGGCUUCACUACACUCUUGAACAAACAUUUCGACAACCGCGAGAGCGAUGCUGCAGAACGUUUGGUCACCCUCAAAAAGGCUUUGAAGUCGUCCAACACAAAAUUACCUUGGGACAGGGUUCUCGAAGAAUUGGCAACGCUCACGCAAGCUCAAUGUGCAUUCAUUAGCUACGAACUGGACAACACAAACAGCGAAGGAAGACGGGAAUCCAUGGCAAAAUGCUAUUACACCAAUGGGUCUGGAAGUCAGGGUUUGCUUAGUGAUCGCAAUCACCCUGCUAUAAAUGCAUCUCGUCAACAUAUGAAACAUGGAAAGGUGUUUCUUAUUCCGGACGGAUUGCGUUCUUCAGCCCUGCCUGACGAUGUUCCAUUCGCAGCUGAGGCAUUGAUUGCCGCACCUCUGUGGUCUGGGGAGCGUAACAUCGGUCAUUUCGGAAUAAUGUGGACUGUUCAAGGCCUCCAAAAACAAUCAUUAUCAUGGUCAUAUAUAGAAAUGCUUUUACAUUCUUUGGAGGAUUUGGUUACUCAACGUGUCGUGGACGAUGCAUCCUCUCCUCGUCAACUUAGCGCACCAGCAUUCUCACUUCCUUCAGAGUCUCUAUCACAUGAUGCUGACACUCGUCCUCAACCCGCAUCAGCUCCCCCGUCACCCAUCUUUGCACAUCCCCUGAAACCUUUCGCCCCUAGCUUAUCGCACGAAUUACGAACUCCCAUGCAAGGAGUCGUUGGCAUGCUAGAUGUCAUGCAUGCAAAUGUGGAGGAGGCAAUCGAUGCCAGAGUUGCUACAAAAUCAUUCCGCCUCUUGCAAGAUUUGAAAGAAAAUAUCGAAUUGGUUCAAGAUAGCGCUCGACGCGCAGUCGAAGCAGCAGAUAACGUCGUUCAUGCGUAUGAUCUUAAUAUGGAGGUUCCGGAAACCCCACAGAAAGAAAUCUACGCCGAUAUUAUGGGAGACGUACUACCUCGGGUAACCGCGUCUGGUGACCGGUUUUCCUUCAAAGACAAUAAACUUCCAUCUAAUUCAUACAAACGCCGUCGCAGUAUCUCCAUUGACUGGACUGGACAUGGACGGCCACCGAAACGCUCUUCAACGAGGAACACCUCCCAUGGUGAUUUGUCACCACGAAGCGAAGUUAAAAAUGCCGUUCAGGAGAGCGACAAGAUUGUGUAUUCGUCUGCAAAAGGUCACAUUGAAGAAGUGGUUGGUAAUGCAGUCGCUCAGAGACCGUCGCUAACUGCAAGGCGAAUGGCGCCGCAGAUGGUUGUUGAAGGCGUACCCCCUACUGCUGUACGCCAGACUAAGAUCCGUGAGCUUCUACAUCUUGUCAUCAAUGAAUCAUUACAUGUCGGUAAGCGGCCAGAGUCAACAUUGAGUCAAAGAACGUUGCUGGGUGAGCGUAUCAAUGUUCAUGCCCUGGCAUCAAAUGGAAACACCUGCAUCAAAAGUAUAGAAUGGUCCGUUGAACCAACAGUUCCGGACAACCUCUAUGUUGAUGAACGUGACCUCGCAAAAUUGAUAUCAUGCGUGUUUCUGAAUGCCGUCAAAUUCACGGAAAGUGGCGAAAUCAAGGUAUUGGCCACAUCGAGCAACAAGUCUCCUCAGUAUAUUCGAAUCAACAUCCGCGAUACCGGUACGGGAAUUCCAGAGGAAUUCUUUCCCAGCCUUUUCAAACCCUUUGCGCGAGAGGAUGACUCGACGACCCGAACGAGAGAUGGACUUGGGUUGGGCCUUUUAGUGGCUAAAGGACUAGCAAGGAAAAUGGGUGGUGAUUUACUUUGUGUUCAUUCUUCUACUUCUGGUCCUGAGCGAGGAUCCGAGUUUGAGAUUCGUAUUCCUCUUAACCCUGGUGGUAUGCUCAGCCGACCAACUACUUCACACAACGUCUCCGCACCGUUGGCUACCCCUCCACUACCUGUCGAAGUCGGUACACCUACAACCUUUCCUACUGAUGCCGCAACAAUCACCACGACUAGCCAUCCUGAGAGCUUAGAAAUGUUACCUCCUCCGGAGACAUUUGUUCCUCUCGACCAGCCUGUCCCUUCUUCAACUCCCAAAGUUCCACCAACUGGCGCUUUACAUGGCGCUGGUCUUGGAAAAGCGCAUCCUCUGACUUUCCUAGUGGCAGAGGAUAACCAAAUCAAUCGAAAAAUAUUAGUAAACAUGCUACGCAAACUCGGGUAUCGUGAUGUUUAUGAAGCCUACGACGGACGAGAGGCAGUCCGUAUUAUGCAAGAGACAUUGUUGUCUUCCUAUCCGCUACCUUCGCCGAUGUCAUCACCGUCUAUUCAAGGAAGCGAUAGUGGUAUCGAGAAUUCACUUUCUCCCGAUAUGGCGAAUCCAGGCAACCGAAAGAAGGCAAAACCGAUUGAUGUAGUUCUGAUGGAUCUGUGGAUGCCGGAAAUGGAUGGUUAUGAAGCUACAUCGAAGAUUUUCGAGAUGGUAGAUGAGCAUUGCAACCGUCUGGCACCUAUGCACAAUCCGCAGAGUAGUCCUGUGGAGAAUUGGGACCAAAGAAGUGGAUCGGAAUGCCCGUCUAUAUUUGACAUUUCGCCAAAAGUUCUGGCUGUGAGCGCAGAUGUGACGGAUGAAGCAUUGAACCGAGCUUCGCAGGUUGGUAUUCAGGGUUAUAUGACCAAGCCGUACAAAUUGGCUGAUCUGGAACGCUUGAUUGGAAAAAUGAAAACCUCAUCCCUCUUCAGCUCAGUUUUACUCCUUGUCGGAGCAACUCGAGCAUCUCCGCACCCCGCACCAUCUCCGCAACAACAACAGCAGCCAUUGAGCAACAUCAUUGCAGAAGCAAACACACAACCCAAUAAGCAUGACCUUGAGCAUGUAAUUGACAUAUCUCCGCUACUAUCAUUACACCGCGACCUGGUCAAAUUUGAGUCGAUCUCUGGAAAUGAGGCCGAUGUGGGCGACUUUGUGAUUCAAUAUCUCCAAUCUCGCGAUUUCAAAGUUGAGAAACAAAUUGUUGUCCCAAGGAAGUCGUUGAGCAAAGAUCAACAUGAGCGAUUCAAUAUAUACGCAUAUCCGAACUCAAGCCCCACAGCACCUAAAGUGCUUUUGUCGAGUCAUAUCGACACUGUACCUCCAUAUAUCCCUUACAGUCUCGAUCUACCUUCCUCAUCCAAUGGAUCAGACAUUUCCACACUCAACUGGCGCGACAACAUCCUGAUUUCCGGCCGCGGCUCUGUCGACGCAAAAGCAAGCGUCGCAUCCCAAAUCCUCGCCGUACUAGAAUACCUCCAACUCCACCCCUUCGCACCUUUGGGCCUCCUCUUCGUCGUCGGCGAAGAAGUCGACGGUAUCGGUAUGCAAUACUUCUCGCAAUCAGACCUCAACACCUCACCACCGACUUUCCAUACCGUCAUAUUCGGUGAACCGACCGAAUUAAACCUUGUCUCCGGUCACAAGGGUUCACUGUUUUUCAAAAUAAGUGCAAAGGGGAAAGCGGCGCAUUCGGGGUAUCCGUGGUUGGGCCGCAGUGCUGUGUCAUCUUUGUUACCUGCGCUGGUUAAACUUGAUACCCUCGCUGAUGUCCCUGCGGAAGACGGUGGGAUUCCGGGGAGUGAGAAGUUGGGGAAAUCGACUAUUAAUAUUGGUCGUAUCGAGGCUGGGAUUGCGAGUAAUGUCGUCCCCGAAGCAGCAGAGGCAUCUGUCAAUAUUCGUCUAGCGUAUCAUGAUGUUGAGAAAGUGAAGGAAAUUGUCACAAGAGCCGUUGAUGAAGCUACCAAUGGAGAUGAGAAUGUUACCAUUGAAUGGGGUAAUAAUGGUAAAGGUCAUGCACCGAUUGAUUUUGAUGCAGAUAUUGAUGGGUUUAAUGUUACGACCGUUAAUUAUGCGACUGAUGCGUGGUACUUGAAGAUUCAUGAAGGUGCUGGAGGUAGUCCUGAGGGACACGUGCAUAGGUAUUUGUAUGGACCUGGAAGUAUAUUUGUGGCCCAUGGAGCAGAUGAGGCGAUUACCGUUGGGGAUUUGGAGGCUGCUGUGGAGGGUUAUAAGAGGCUGAUUGAUGCUGCUUUUGAGAGGAAUCAAUAG